AUGAUUGCCAAGGCGACGCCCGCACUCAACACGGUGCGCGGCUUCCAAAACACCCCCGUCACCUCCGGCGACGAGGACUCCGACUACGGUGUCUGCGCUAGCCCGCCCCCCUCUUCCAAGAAGCGCGGCGGCCGGCCCGCCCACAUCGACGACGUCGUCAGCGCCAACUGCAGCCCCAUCAUGCGCGGCGUCUCCUCCCCCGCUGUCUCCGGCAUUGCGAAGCUUCGCCUGCAGAUGGAGCCGCUCAGCCUUGACGCCUCCCGGACGAGCACUUUGACUCUCAACGGUAGCAACGGCCACGGCGGCCACUACAAGGGACUUGGUAUCAGCAGCGCUGUCAUGAGCCGCUGCGGUAGUCAGGAUGGCAGCCAGAGCGAGGCCGGCAGCGAGCGCUCUGAGAGUGGGUCUACGAGCUACGAGAUCAACCUGGAGCACGACUACGUUGAUGAGAGCGUUCGGGAUCGCACUGGGCAGAUCGUGCCUAUCGAGAACAACAAGGACGCGCAGCGCAAGAUGACGGCCGACGACUUCGAGCCGCUCCGGUGUCUGGGCAAGGGCACCUACGGCACGGUGCUGCUGGUCAAGCAGCGCAACACCGGCAGGCUCUACGCCCAGAAGCAGUUUAAGAAGGCUUCUCUGACGGUGCACAAAAAGCUCAUCGAGCAAACCAAGACGGAGCGCCAGAUUCUCGAGUCGGUCAACCGACACCCUUUUGUCGUCAAGCUCUACUAUGCCUUCCAGGACCACGAGAAGCUGUACCUGAUCCUCGAGUACGGCCAGGGCGGCGAGCUCUUCACCCACCUGAGCACCGAGAAGAUGUUCGCUGAGCCCGUCGCUGCCUUCUAUAUGGCCGAGAUGCUUCUGGCCAUUUCCCAUUUGCACAGCACCUUGGGUGUUGUGUACCGUGACCUGAAGCCCGAGAACUGUCUGCUGGAUGCCGAGGGUCACCUGCUGCUUACCGACUUUGGCCUUUCCAAGGUCGCGAUCGAUACUUCCGAGGACCACUGCAACUCGAUAUUGGGAACGGUCGAGUACAUGGCCCCCGAGGUCAUUCAGGGACAGAAGUACGGAAAGGCGGUCGACUGGUGGUCUUUCGGUGCGCUCGGCUUUGACUUGAUGACUGGCAACCCGCCCUUCCGCGGCGGCAACCACGCCAAGAUUCAGCAAAACAUUGUGAAGCAGAAGCUCGUCAUGCCGUAUUUCCUGAGCCCCGACGCCAAGGAUCUCCUGACGCGCCUGCUCAGGAAGGAUCCGAAGAAGCGACUUGGCGCCAACAUGCCCAAGGACCUCCAGACGAUGAAGGGCCACCGUUUCUUCAACAAGAUCAACUGGAAGAAGCUGGAGGCCAGAGAGGUCGAGCCGCCCAUUCAGCCCAUGAUCACGGACCCCGAGCUCGCCGAGAACUUUGCGCCCGAGUUCACUGACUUGUCUCUGAGCCCCGUCAUAACGUCCAAAGACCCAUGGAGCGCCAUGUCAGCCAAGGAGGAUGACCCCUUUGGCGGCUUCAGCUUCGUUGCGUCGAGCAGCAUGCUGGAGAGCCACGCGUUUCGAUUCUCCACCGAGGUGUAG